AAUAUUGUUUUUGUAUGACUACGUUGAGUAGUUUAUUUGUAAUGCUGAGCGUAAAAAUACACAAAGUUUAGGGUGGAGCCUUUAUAAAAUGUCUGAUCAACAAAGUUAUAUCCGCAACUUGAUUGAAAAGAAAUUCAGCGCAUUUUGUGCCAAAGAAGGUGUUAGAUGCUGCUUCGAGAUUUCAAGUGAGAUGGUACUUACUACGAAUGGGAUAGAUGCGUUGUUGUAUCUGUGUUCUAAAUUUCCUAACAGAAAGCUGCAGUUGGCUUUUUUGGAUUUCUGUAUUCAAACGGCUACAUUGUUGGAUGAAAAAGCCAUAGAUCAGAUUAUCAAAUACCUUUUAAGAGUUUUCAAAGACACGACGGAAAACAGUUGUGUUCAAGGCAAACAAUGCGAUUCUGUUCUAAGUAACUGUGCAAAACUUAUGGUCUAUUGUUUAACGCACUCACAUGCGCCAUCUAAUUCGUAUGUAUUUUUCAUGGAAGCCAUCGACCAGAUCAAAUCAAUAAUUUGUGGUUCCACUAAUGUUGAGUGCCUUAUAAGCUAUGCAAUCUUAUUCAUAAAUAUUGUUAAAUUGGAAAGGAAAGAUUACUUGGCUGAAAUAUUGGCUGUGCUUAAUCAAUCCGAGAAUUCACCUUCGUCAGAUAUCACAGGGAAUCUGUCUUUUUUAUUCCAAUUAUUUCAUAGUAGUAAUUCGCGAGCUCAAUUAGCAAUUCUACUAGCACUGGUUGGGAUCCUAUCUACAACUGAUUGGUUUUGUAAUUACGAGAAUUAUGGAAACAUAAGUUUGUAUGUUCUGUCUAUGGCUGGAUUUUCUGUUGAUCCAAAUAAUCAUCUGCUAAGAAAGUUUAAUCAGAAUGAUUCAGUUACUAAUUUACUUCAAUCGAAAAUAGUUUACAAUUGGUCCAAAAAGAAUUUAUUAAAUCACUAUGAGGAUGAUGUAGAAAGAAAUAUCGAACAAUUUAAUGUAUUCACGAGUCCACUUCUAACGUAUUGUAUAGACAUGAGAAGCAGUUACAUAGACGCUAUUCGAUAUUCCGCUUUAGAUACAAUUGAGAAUAUCAUAUCUUUUCAUUUGAAGUAUUGUGACGAAUGUCGCCAGUCAAGAAUAUCUGAUAACAAGUCAAAAAUAUCUUGUGGUUAUUUGAAUGAAAUUUUAAAUCAGUUAGUGAGUGAUUCAUGUUACAGUCGCGGAACAAUUGCUAUGUUAACUCGAUUCAUCCGCUGUAUGUCUAAGACUCGUGUGUAUAGGACAAUCAAUUUAUUGCACUCUUUGGAUUCUGUUUUUCAGCCAUUUGUUAAUGACACUAAUUUAGAAAUUUGUGGAAGAAUUGUUUCAGGAUCGAUGAAGAUUGCCGAUGAUCCUAACUUGGCGUCAGAAAUUUCAGAAUUGUAUACAUUAAUUACGCACAACUUGUACACUGAGAAUGACCCAUUAAUUUAUGUAUGGUUAUCUGGUUUAGUCGAUACCUUUAUUCGUAACUCUAACGAAACAUUUCAUUCUACAGUUAUUCAGAAUAUUCUACCCAGUUUAGUGAAAACCAAUCCUAAAUUGUUGGAAUUACUGGUAAAAUGUUGCAACAGUGACUCAGUAAAAAUGAAUACUGACUUGCCUACGUUCCUACUAACUUGUUAUCAUCUUUUAUCAUUUAAUGGAAUGAAAACUGACUGUUGUGAAUACUUGUCGUUAAAUUUCUUAACAUCAUGUCUUCACUCAUAUGAUAAUCAGUUACGUCUUACAGCUUUAAAUGUUUUAGUAAGUUUAAUUACAAAAUCCAAACAAAAAAUGAUCUUAUCAAAUGAAAAAUUGGAAAUGUUUCUUAAUUAUCUCAGACACGAUUUGUGGCCAAAUUCAAAGCGUAUACACGGCCAAAUUGUCAGUGCAAUUAAAGAUAUUUUGUUGCAUACACUUCCAAUUAUGAAACGUGAAACAAACGAUACCAAUUUAAAUAAUCUUAAAUCGUUUCAUGUUGAAAUGGUUCAUAUCUUGAUGACAUGUAUUUAUCCUGGAUCACCAGCAUCUCGUCUAUCAUUAGGCUUAGCUGGAUUAUACACAGUUGUUGAAUGCUUUCAUUCUGUUUUUUAUACCGAUGAUUAUUCAGAGUUCAUGGCACAAAUUAUGAGUUGUUUGAUUAAAGCAACUCAAAAUGUAUAUACAAUACCUUCAUUUACCGAUGAAAAUUUUAAACCAAUCGAUCACUCAACGUCACAACUGUUCUUUCUCUUUUUGACUGGUUUAUGCAGUCGAUAUGAUGUUGACCGAGAUUAUACUGUGAAAAUACUGUUGAGAUUGGAUGUUUUAAAACAACUUAAUCCUAAUUAUAUCAAUAAAUUAUGGACUGAUACACUAGAAAUCUAUGCUCAAAGUUCCAAACCGGAUGUCAGUCCUAUUGCUGGCGAUAUAUUACGUUUUCUUAUAUAUGGUAAUGAGAAUGUCGAUAAAUCAAACCAGUUGUCUUCAUCUUCAUCGUCUGUAGAUAAGAAACUUAUACAAGCAAUUGAUUGUCUACUCAACCAACUUCAAGAACAAAUUACAAUUUGUGAAAAAUUACCAGUAAUUGGUUUAAUGUCUGUGGCAACUAAUAAACCAUUUUAUGCUAUACUUAGUACAAUCCGUUCUAUUAUUGGUGUCACCUCAUCAUCACCAUUGAAUAAGAAAAAUAAAAAGCCUACCGAUGCUCAAAUUUGGAGUAACACAUCAAUUAAGGCAGAAUCCUUGUUCAAACAAAUCAAUGGAGUAAAUGUUAUCGAGCGUAUAAUUUCACUAGGUCUUCGUAUAUCUGAAAUUGUGCUACCAGUUGUUGGACAUGAAUCACCUGAAGGUGUCUUGUUAACUUCACAACAAGACGUAAUCAUUGAUGAUAUUAAAACUGCAGAUGAAGAAGCUUCUCAAUUGUAUAAAUUUUAUGAAAAAACACGAAAUCAUCCAGAAUAUUUAAUUUUAUGUUGUUGGCGUUCUGUUCGUGAAUUAUCUUUACUUAUGGGUAUAUCACUUGUCUCAUACGGUUUGAAUAAAUUCGAUAGUAAUCAAAUAAAACCAAAAGAGAUUUUUUCUAUUGCCCGAUUUUUCUGUACUCAGUUACUUUGUUGCCGCCAUCGUGGGGCAUUUGAACUGUGUGCAACUGGAUUUACAAACUUUUGUACUGCGCUUGUAAAUCAUCCAGUCUAUUUUACAAUUCCUAUUCAUUGGCUUAAUGCAGUCACUGGUCAAACUUUGUCAUUAAAUGAAAAGUCGACAAACGAUUGUUCGACUGUAAUAGAAAAUAUUGAUUUUUCACUAGAAUCAUGUAUGGGAAAACAUAAUACAAUGGAAUGUAUCACUCGUCGUGGUGCCGGUUACCCUUUAUUUGUUCAGGCUAUUUUAACUGCAGAUUUAACCCGUAACACUAAUGUAUCAACAACAACACUUACAAAUACAGUCUGCUGGUUACUCAAAUCAGUUAAAACGUCUCUUUGUAACAACAAUCUUCAACAGUCCAACAACCUUAGUACAUGUGUACUACACCUAAAUAUCAUUCGUGAUAUAUUUCAAUCAAAAAAUUUAAAUUAUCAUACAGAUAAAUAUUUACAAAAAGCAUUAAUUAUUGCUUUGGAUGGUGUUGGAUGUGGAGAUUUAUCAAUACGAAAUGCUUCCAUACUUUUUUAUAGUACACUAGUUCAACGUAUUUUUGGUGUAAAUCGAUCAAAUGCAGUUAAAAGUCGAAAAAAUUGCUUAGCAACAUCAACAUUUUUCAAACGUUAUCCGAAAUUUGAACACUACUUUGUUGAAACACUUACAUCGUACUCAAAGAAUACAAACAUUCCACAUCCAAGUUCUUUCAAAUUGUACAGUAUACUUCAUUUGAUGACACACCUACUACCAUCCUUACAAGUUACUGAGAUUGAUAAAAUGUUAUAUAAACUACUUAUUAGGUGUGGUUUUAGUGAUGACAUACGUAUACGUAAAAUUGCUUCGUUAGCUUUAACCUCAAUUAUACAUCCAAGUGUUAUCAUGACUACAUUAAACCAUUUAUUCGAUUUAAUGGAACUAUUUCAUGAAUCAAUGCCAGUUAAGAGAUGGUGCAAUAUUCGAUUGAAUAUAUUACAUGGUCUACUUUUACAGAUUUAUGCAUUGAUGUAUUCCAAUAUGGAUAUUCAUGAUAGUACACCAUCAGUUUACACUGUUUCAACUAUAUCGUAUCUUUCAAAAUCGAAUUAUUUAACAAUUAUAAAUCGUUUAAAGUCAUCAUUCUCUUGGUUAAAUGAUUCAGCAUAUGUUACAUGUACAAUUAUAAAACAAUUAUAUAUGAAAAUAUUAAAUUGUCAUUAUAAUCAACCUAUACAGAUUGAAACUAAUGUAAUUGGUCUUGAAUAUGAUUAUUUGAUAACACAUAUUUAUGUUCUGAUUGAUUGUACAUUGAACAAUUCGGAAAAUUCUACUCUUUCUCCUACUACAUUUUAUUUAAAUUUAAUAAAAUGGACUAAAUCUAUGAAUUCAAUAAAUCUUCUUACAGUUGCACUUCGUCGAAUUUGUUCAUAUUUACACUCAACACUUGCUCAUUCCACAUUGAAUGACAACAAUUUCGAUAUAGAAGAUAUUAAUGAAAUUAUUGAUGCCAGUGAACAUUUGAAUUCGUCAAUAUUCAAUAAAUUAAAAACAUUGUUUCCCUUUCAAACUUUAUUUCAAAAUUUUAUUCGUUUAUAUUUUCGGUUAGAUGAAAAUAUUCCACAUAAUAAUAAUCAUAAAGAUGACGAAGCGUAUCGAUAUGCAUUUGCCUUAUUAACCAUACAAUUGCAACAUCAAAGUGAUCAUGAUUCCACAGAUAUCUCAAGGAAAUUAAUUCUGGCAGCUUUUCGUUGGAGUUGUAAACAGAUGAAACUUCUAUUUAAAAAAAUGAAAUGCUUAAAUUCACCACCAAUCUACUUAGCAGCAUUUAUACGUUUUCAUACUAAAUUGAUCACAGUUAUAUAUAAUAAGGAGAGUGAUGAUGACGUUUCAUUAAUUCUGUCCAAAUUCUGUAAUUUAGGCAAUCUUUGUUUCAAUAUAUUGCAACACUCACAUACUACUACUACUGCUACUACACAUGUCUGUUUAGAAGUAAAAUAUGCUGUUUUGCAUUCGUUUUUUGUAUCAAGAAUUUUUGUUAAUUGGUUAUCAUUCUCCUCGGAGGAAGACAUAAAGAAAGUUUUUCUUCAGUCAUUCGAUAUUCUAAUCGAGAAUAUUAAUAAUUUGGAAAGUUCUAAACUACAAAAAUUGACAUGUAAGACCGUUCAGAAUAUCUUGAUGUUCAGUGAUCCAAAAUUUCAAUGUGUCACACAAUCACCUUAUAUUCUAUUAGAUGGUUUAAUAAAAUUCGUUUUAUUACAUGGAAAUUUCAGUCUCUAUGAACAUUUGCUCUUAUUUCUUCGAAAAAAAGUUCGUCAUUUUAAAGAACUCAACUCUCAGUUAGAUAACAUAAUUAGUGAAAAUGCAUUCUCACAGACAACAUUGAAAUUUGAAAACGAUCAAGUGGAAUUAAUCAAAAUUAUAUCUGAUAAUAUUACGAAAUGGAUACAACCAUAUCUUGAUGCAUUGUACGUUUCUUUACAUGAAGAUGAUAGGAUGGACUAUAUUCAAAAUGAUCUUGAUAAGUCAUUGUGUCGAGUAAUGGAUUUCAAUGAUAUGGUUCCAUUUUUAAUUUUCAAAUCGGAUUAUGCAUCACUUCUAUAUUUGAAUCAUUACACGGAUAAUCGCAUGAUAUUAUUAUUGUAA